AGGAGCAGGGAGAGGAGUCCCGGACUAGGAAGAAACAGCGGCCGGGAGGGGGCUGCGGGGACCAUGGGCCUCCUGACCAUCCUGAAGAAGAUGAAGCAGAAAGAGCGGGAGCUGCGGCUGCUCAUGCUGUAUCCUCCCGGAAGCCGGAGCCGCCAGGAGAAGGGGUUUCUCCUUAACCGGGUGCGCCCCAGCGGCCUGGACAACGCCGGCAAAACAACUAUCCUCAAGAAGUUCAAUGGAGAAGACAUCGACACCAUCUCCCCGACCCUAGGCUUCAACAUCAAGACCCUGGAGCACCGAGGAUUCAAGCUGAACAUCUGGGAUGUUGGCGGCCAGAAGUCCCUGCGGUCCUACUGGCGGAACUACUUUGAGAGCACGGACGGCCUCAUCUGGGUGGUGGACAGCGCCGACCGCCAGCGCAUGCAGGACUGCCAGCGGGAGCUCCAGAGCCUGUUGGUGGAGGAGCGCCUGGCUGGAGCCACCCUCCUCAUCUUUGCUAACAAGCAGGACCUGCCUGGAGCACUAUCGUCUAACGCCAUUCGCGAGGCCCUGGAGCUGGACUCCAUCCGAAGCCACCACUGGUGCAUCCAGGGCUGCAGCGCCGUCACAGGGGAUAACCUGCUGCCCGGCAUCGACUGGCUCCUAGAUGACAUUUCCAGCCGCAUCUUCACAGCCGACUGAGCCGCUCCAGAUGCCCCCACCUCGCAGUCCGGGCCCCCUGUACCCCCGACCCUCACCAAGCACCACCCAUGGGAGGAUGGGAAUCAGCCAGCCCAACUAACACUCCACGCCCCCUCCGUAACCUGCUGCUGCUGCCCACUGCUGCUCCAUGGCCAGCCCAGAUCCCAUGGCGGGUGGGCUGCUGCCCUGGCUGUCACCCUGGCUCAUGACCCGGCCCACCUGCAGCUGCCAGACCAAGAGACAAGGGCUGAGGCUGGGAGGGGGCUACCUCUGCUGCUAUCGAGACUAUGGGCCUCGUCCUUGCUCAGCUGUGAGAAUAAACUGUUCCUUGUCCUGA